AACAUGGCAAUCUGAAGGGCCGGGGUCGCGGGGUCUCCAUUGCUCUCGAGGGCGGGAUUCCUUGCUCUUCUUCUCGCGUACAGCGCUGCUCAGGGCUCAGGGAUAACCAACGGCCAAGGGCAAGGGGAGGAGAAUAGGAGAGAGAGUGCUCGUCUAGUUACGAGCAACGAGAACCCCCCUCGGCCGAGUGAUUGCGAGCAGCAUCUCAACAAAAACCCCGCGCACCGACGCGAAAAGGAGAUGGGCAGAGGCAAAUAGAGAGAGGAAAGAGAGGCGAUAGGCACCCGCUAUGUUCUCGCUGGACCCUGGUUUGCGCAAUUUCAGACCCCGAGGGCAGAGGUUGACCUGAGCGGAUUGGGCUGAGUACUGUAGUGUGGUUGGUGGUUUGCCUUGCGACUGGGCUGCUCCAUGAAGCGACGGCGCACUGACGCCCCGGCCGCCGAGACGUUCGACAUCGCCAGCUCCGCAGCUCACAUGCAACAUCCGGCCGAAGCACACCAUGGACCUCCACGACGAAGGCGCAUCCGCCUGGGGUGAUGUCCCCUCCAACCCCUCGCGCUCCAACUCCAGCCAAAACAUACCCAAGAUUGCUGCCGACCAGGCCGCCGCUGAAGAGAAUGCAAAGUCUCAGCCGGCCGAUGAUGCUCCCGCUCCCACCGCCUCUGCCGCCCCCAGGUCGCCGGGUAGACCCAGGCCAGGCCGCCGCGUCGGCGUGCCCCAGCCCACCCGUCUUGAAGUCGCAGAAGACCCGCUGGGCCCUUUGGGCGCCUCGAUCGACACGCUCGCCGAGCCGCAAGUCGACGAGCCCCCGGCGCCUCCCCAAAAGGAGCUGAAGGGCUCGCGGCCCGCGACCGCCACUUCGACGUCGUCGAUCCGCAGCAUGAUGGAUUCGGUGAGCCUGGAUGACGACCUCGAGACGAGCUCGACUGGGGCGAGGAUACCGCCGCCCGUGCAGCCUGCCGCGAACAAUGGCCUGCCGAAGCAGAGGCAGCCGAGUGUCAGCGUGGAGCAGGCAGCCAAGCCAACCUUCAACAUCACCGUGGGAGAUCCGCACAAGGUCGGCGAUCUGACAAGCUCGCACACCGAAUAUCAAGUCAGGACCGUGACAACGUCCAAGGCCUAUCGCAACCCCGAGUUCGCCGUUUCCCGCCGUUACCGUGACUUCCUGUGGCUGUACAACCAACUCCACAACAACAACCCCGGUGUUGUCGUUCCCCCGGUUCCCGAGAAGCAGGCGGUCGGCCGUUUCGAUGCGGACUUUGUUGAGUCGCGACGCCAGGCGCUUGAGCGUAUGCUGAACAAAUGCGCCGCGCACCCGAUACUACAGCAUGAUGGAGACUUGAAAUUGUUCCUCGAAAGUGAGGCAUUCAAUGUCGACAUCAAGCACAAGGAGCGGAAAGACCCUCUCCUCACCGAGAACAAGGGAAUGUUUGGUUCAAUGCUGUCUGUCGGUGGCGGAGGAAAGUUCAUUGAACAUGAUGACUGGUUCCACGACCGCAAGGUUUACCUCGAUGCCCUGGAGGGCCAACUCAAGGCUCUCUUGAAAGCUACCGACACUGUCGUGGCCCAGCGCAAGGGUUUGGCCGAGGCUUGCGGCGAUUUCUCGGCAUCUCUCCACUCUCUCGCUUCUGUCGAACUAUCCCCCGCUCUUUCCGGCCCUCUGGAUGGCCUGUCGGACCUACAACUCCGUAUUCGCGAAUUGUAUGAACGCCAAGCCCAACAGGAUGUUCUUACUCUUGGCAUCGUUAUCGAUGAAUACAUCCGCCUCAUAGGCUCCGUCAAGAUGGCCUUCCAGCAAAGGCAGAAGGCCUAUCACGCAUGGCACACUGCCGAGUCGGAGCUGGCAAAACGCAAGGCAACACAGGACAAGCUCUUGCGGCAAGGCCGGAGCCAGCAGGAUCGUCUGAACCAGCUGAGCGCCGACGUUGCUGAUGCGGAGCGCAAGUCGAACCAAGCGCGUCUGCUGUUUGAGGACAUGGGCCGGCUGAUGCGCAGUGAGCUAGAGAAGUUUGAGAGGGAAAAGGUCGAGGACUUCAAGAGUGGGGUGGAGACGUUCCUUGAGAGUGCGGUGGAGGCACAGAAGGAGUUGAUCGAGAUCUGGGAGACGUAUCUCAUGCAGCUUGACGCGGAAGAGGACGGGACUCCAUUCGUUCCGGCGGGCAUCCAGGCCGCAUCGACUGGGGACGAGGGCGCUGAGAGACCGCAGACGGCGGAGAGCCAGGAUACCCAGGGCAGCGAGGCGGAUACUGCGAAUGCCACGGCUGAGUCGGAGGAGUAGUGGGGGCGGGAAAAGGGGUGAGGGCAAUGUGUAUUUACGGAACGGUAGUCUGUUAUGAGCAUGGAACAAGACGUUGGCGUUGAUCUAUGGGGUGUUUGCACGGAAGCAAUGGUGCCGAGGCAUGGGUAGGGUGUGUACUACAAGCUCGAGCCUAGGCCUUCCCCGUACCUGUG